CUCCUUGAAUUUUUGCACCGCUAGGCUCAAAUGUUGAUUGUGUAAGAUAAUGCCAUUGAGCAGUGUGAUCAAAUCAUCCUCACAAACAUUGGAAAGUGUAUAAAUAACAAGCGCUCGUUUGCGUUUUAGUCGAAAGGUAUGAAAGGAAAGCAGUGUAUACCUAAUUUCCUCGUGUAUUCGCUUUUAACGUGAAGACAUCCAUGGAUACAGGUGACAACAGACGUAGACGGGCGAGGAGUGUGAGAGCCAAAAGAACUGGUACGCAAGAUGCGUCUGCGAAAAGGGAAAAUGCAAACGUCCUAAGAUCUUUGAGUGUUGGGAAUACAGACGACAAUGAUGCCAUGGAGGAUGACGCUGGAUUUAUCAAAAAUUGGAGUUUGGAGCGAAAGGUCAUGGCUCCGCGGUACAGUUUACUCCGUGAGGUCGGUAGGGGCAGCUAUGGCGUGGUCUAUGAAGCGAUUGCACGGAGGUCGGGUGCAAGCGUUGCAGUAAAGAAACUUCGAUGCGAUGCACCAGAAAAUGUCGAGCUUGCCUUGGCAGAAUUCUGGGCCCUGGCUAGCCUUGAGAAACGACACGAGAAUGUGGUGCAAUUGGAAGAAUGUGUGCUACAAAGAAACGGUAUGGCUCAGAAAAUGAGUCAUGGGAACAAGAGAUCCAAGCAGUACUUGCGGUUGGUGGAGACUUCAUUAAAAGGUGAGCGAGUGCUGAACCACCCAGAGGAGCCCUGCUACCUUUGGUUCGUCAUGGAGUUCUGUGAAGGUGGAGACCUGAACCAGUUCAUCCUGUCGCGACGACCUGACCCACUGACCAACAACAGUUUCAUGCUCCAGCUCACCAGAGCCGUGGCCUUCCUGCAUGAAAACAACAUUGUUCACCGAGACCUCAAGCCUGACAACAUCCUCAUCUCUGAAAAGUCAGGGACACCAGUUCUCAAAGUCGCCGAUUUCGGCCUCAGCAAGGUGUGUGCCGGCCUAGGGGGCGCUGGGAAGGAUGACGAGGGCGAGGACAAGAACAAAAACGCUGUCAACGUCAACAAGUUCUGGUUGUCGUCGGCAUGCGGCUCAGACUUCUACAUGGCACCCGAGGUGUGGGAGGGCCACUACACGGCCAAGGCGGACAUCUUCGCCCUUGGCAUCAUCAUCUGGGCAAUGCUGGAGCGGAUCACCUUUAUCGACGCUGAGUCCAAGCGCGAGCUGCUGGGAACUUACGUGAGGCAGGGAGCCGACAUCGUGCCAGUUGGUGAGGCACUGCUAGAGAACCCAAAGAUGGUACUGAACAUCCCGCAGAAGCGCAAGUCCUCCAUGUCAGACGGGGUGAAGAAACUUUUGCAGGACAUGCUGGCGGUCAACCCUCAGGACCGGCCCGAUGCGCUUGAGCUACACAACAGGAUGGACCAGCUCACAUGUUCUGCGUGACCCCCCCCCCCCCGAGAAUCGGAACUAGAACUCUUCCCAAGGUACCACUUUCAAACUUCCUGGACCCAAUGAAUCAGUGAACAGUACACUUUACUUUGGAAGACUGUGAAAUAUCUAUCGUGAGAAAAGGAAGCAUUCGAGCCAACUGCUAAUUGAUACCGCAAAUGGAAUUAGUAUUUUAUCAGUACAGUUCUCAACCUAUAUUGUUACAGGGAAUGUUUUACUUGGCCUGACAUUAAUUGUAGAUUAAUGAUUACACAUGUACUCCAUUUGUAUUGAUAUACCUGUUAUAUCUGCUGCUUUGUAAUAGGAUGGCCAUGUUUGGUUGUUUGUUGGUCCUGAAUGUGUCUGUUUUGGGUUCACCCUGUGAACCGGUGGCACUGUGUAUCAAGACACGUUUGAUAUAUGUUCAACACCUCGGCCACUUCGUGUGCAUGCUUCACUGACACCCCACCAUCUUGCCCCAUCUUCCAUUGACAAACUACAUUCUCCUACAGACAUGUUUUAAUCCAGUUUGUUGAACUUGUCCAUCACUUGAAGGCAUGACAUAAAAUGGUGAGCAAAUUGUUGAUUUGAAACCCAGUGGACUGAAAAUAUAUAUUUUUUACAGAUGGUCUGUGAACCUUUGCUUAAAUGAUUUAAAUCCAAGUAGCCUAAAAUGUAACCCCUUUUUUUAUUAUGCCCCACCGUGCCUUGAUAAUCAUCUGAAAGUGGGAUUGAAAUGACCAUUUUAAUUGUUUUCUUUAAUUUGACACUUUGAAUUUUGACCUUUUUUGGGGGGUUUGGAAAGUGUGCAUUUAAAGCCCAUGGGUGCCAUUUGAGAUGUGAUGAGAUCGAUGCUGUGGAUAUGGUGAUAUCACCCAUAGGGAUAUUCUUUGAUUUAGACUCAGCCCAGUAGUAGGUAAAAAAUCUGUUUUAAGGUGUACCGUGUUUUUUAACUAUUGGAUUUAACUAAGAGACUGGCUGCCACCCUAUAUCUCCUCUCACAACUCAGUAUAUUAACUGGUCAUGUGUGUUUGCCAUCUCACACUUUACAUAAGAGCAGCAUAUUGAUCUAUUUGAUUCUGUUUUUAAGAUUAUUUGUUCUAAAUUUUAAAAAUGUUCUUUGCUUUUUGAGCCAUAUUGUUGAAGGGUACCAUCUUUGAGCUUCCCAAGCACCUGGUAGGAUCUUACAUAUCGCAAAUGUGUGACAAACAUGGGGGGGGCACUUUUUUUAUUUUUUUUCGGGACAGUGAUUGUUGACUAUUACUGAGAAUCUUGAUCACAUUUAGAAAAAUCGAAUCUUUUGAUCGCAGGAAAUAUCGACUGAAAUUCACAAUUGUUUUGGUACAAAGUUAAUUUUAACUACCUAACAAAACUACAAUCUCAGAUUUUUGUUGUUGCUUUGUAAAGCGUUGCCAUUAAUUGAGAUCACUUUUAGUUCUGCAUCUAAGUGUUUUCCUCCUUUGUGGUUUAGUCACUAAGCAGCCAUAUAGACUUGUUUCCAAUCCUCCUUUGUGGUUUAGUCACUAAGCAGCCAUAUAGACUUGUUUCCAAUCCUCCUUUGUGGUUUAGUCACUAAGCAGCCAUAUAGACUUGUUUCCAAUCCUCCUUUGUGGUUUAGUCACUAAGCAGCCAUAUAGACUUGUUUCCAAUCCUCCUUUGUGGUUUAGUCACUAAGCAGCCAUAUAGACUUGUUUCCAAUCCUCCUUUGUGGUUUAGUCACUAAGCAGCCAUAUAGACUUGUUUCCAAUCCUCCUUUGUGGUUUAGUCACUAAGCAGCCAUAUAGACUUGUUUCCAAUCCUCCUUUGUGGUUUAGUCACUAAGCAGCCAUAUAGACUUGUUUCCAAUCCUCCUUUGUGGUUUAGUCACUAAGCAGCCAUAUAGACUUGUUUCCAAUCCUCCUUUGUGGUUUAGUCACUAAGCAGCCAUAUAGACUUGUUUCCAAUCCUCCUUUGUGGUUUAGUCACUAAGCAGCCAUAUAGACUUGUUUCCAAUCCUCCUUUGUGGUUUAGUCACUAAGCAGCCAUAUAGACUUGUUUCCAAUCCUCCUUUGUGGUUUAGUCACUAAGCAGCCAUAUAGACUUGUUUCCAAUCCUCCUUUGUGGUUUAGUCACUAAGCAGCCAUAUAGACUUGUUUCCAAUCCUCCUUUGUGGUUUAGUCACUAAGCAGCCAUAUAGACUUGUUUCCAAUCCUCCUUUGUGGUUUAGUCACUAAGCAGCCAUAUAGACUUGUUUCCAAUCCUCCUUUGUGGUUUAGUCACUAAGCAGCCAUAUAGACUUGUUUCCAAUCCUCCUUUGUGGUUUAGUCACUAAGCAGCCAUAUAGACUUGUUUCCAAUCCUCCUUUGUGGUUUAGUCACUAAGCAGCCAUAUAGACUUGUUUCCAAUCCUCCUUUGUGGUUUAGUCACUAAGCAGCCAUAUAGACUUGUUUCCAAUCCUCCUUUGUGGUUUAGUCACUAAGCAGCCAUAUAGACUUGUUUCCAAUCCUCCUUUGUGGUUUAGUCACUAAGCAGCCAUAUAGACUUGUUUCCAAUCCUCCUUUGUGGUUUAGUCACUAAGCAGCCAUAUAGACUUGUUUCCAAUCCUCCUUUGUGUAUUAUGCUACCUCAUUUGCCUGCACGUUUGCAGAGACUUUCCUCAACUGAGCCAGCCAUCAUGUAUCAUAUAUUUUUUCUGAUUCUUUGGGAAGUGCAGGGUUGUGAAUCCCAUCGCUAUCAGAACUAAUUUUAUGUAAGUUGUCUGUUCUAUUCAACAGUAUUUUUCAUAUUUGUUGCUUAGUUUUCAUUUGACCAAAGAUGGGUCUAAAAUGGGUAAUUUCUUGUUUAACCUUAAUAUCUAAAGGGUUAUCCAAAUUACACAACUUCUGUCAUUUUACAGAAGUUGAACUGGUCAGUUAGGUUUUUUGUCUGUAUGAUACUGUACCCAUUUUGAGUUUGGUUUGCAUUUAGCUGAAGCUUACUUUUUAAGGCAGGCAAUUGUCUUUCUAAUACAAUUGUCAUCUUUCUUUUAUGGUUUCUGCAAUGUUUUGAUCACCCUUCCCUUGAGAAAUAUACCUCAUGUUCCACUACUUGUUUUCUACCUGGGGUUGGUAAAUUGUAUGACCUGUAAGCAAGCUCAAGGUCAGAAUUUUUUUGUUGUUGAGAUACCUAAUUUAAUGACAGGGACCAUGGAGACAAGUAUAAGAGACUGUUUUUUUUUUUUUUUUUAAGAAUCUUAUUUAUACUACUUCAGUUUAUUUCAAGCUCUUCAUGCAAUCUUUUUACUCAACUGAAAAUAUUCCUGUAGUGUGCCAUGGAAAUGUCCAUGGCAGGUUUGCUGUACAAGAGGUGACACCAAAUAUCCCAAUAGUCUCAGAUGUACAGUAAAACUAACUCUUCUUUUGCUGCUGGGUUUGGUAAAUUACAGAUCUACCUGUCAAUGUUUAGUAACGUGUGGUUUGCUGCUGAUUAGAGACGUACUUUCGUCUCAUGUUCUUUACUUUCUCAAUCAUGCAGAGAUUGAGUAUUUUAUAGUUCUAUUUGGUGAUUCACACAACAAGCUUCUAUGCAACCGUCCCUCACUUACAACACUGUGCAACGAAUCAGGUUUGACCUGUUUUAAAUUUUUGCUAUUUUACUUGCUUGUCAUCGUUCUCUGAGGGUUUAGAGGAGGGAUCUCCAUAUUGUCGUGAUGUGAAUUAUGCUUCCUAUCGUUUCAAUGGAAUUCACUGUCCUUGCUCUGGUCUUAGAGCUUACUAGAGAUGUUAGCUUCAGUGAUGACUUCUUUGGUAUUGUUGUACAUCUUUUUGGUUUCUCUUUCAAUAAAGUCUAUAUACAAAAAUAA